ACGCGCAGCCACGCACGAUCGAGUCACAGACUCUAAAAUCAAAAGGACAAUGGAAAAACAAUCAAAAUUGCUAUUACUGCUUGCAGUAUUAGCCCUCAUCCAGGGAUCAAAAGGUCACGCGAGAACUUUCACACGAUGCCAGCUUUCAAGAGAGCUUUUACGAUACAAUUUUCCAAGAAGCUUAAUACCUAACUGGGUGUGCCUGAUUGAGCACGCGAGCGGCCGCACCACCGACAAGGUGACCAACCACAACAACGCCUACACCAGCUACGGUCUAUUUCAAAUAAACAACAAGGAAUGGUGUAAAAAGGGCAGGAAAGGCGGCCACUGCAGCAUGAAAUGCGAAGAUCUAGUGAACGAGGACUUGGCUGACGACGUACGGUGUGCGAAGAGGAUCUAUGAUAGAGUAGGCUUCAAGGCCUGGCCCUCCUCCUACGCGUACUGCAAGGAAAAGAGCCUUCCCGAUCUGUCGCGAUGCUAAUUUGUUUUGCAUAUUGUCCGCAAACUUCUUGAACAAAUGACUGCUAAUUUUAGCUUUCAAUUAGCCUUAAUAUUGUAUUCUGUCUUAUGUAUUCAAAAUUACAAAAUCAAGACGUUAUUGUCAAAGUGAUUCCGCAGUGGAAACUCACGUCAAUAUUCAAGAAGUUUGCUGAUAUGUAUCACUAAGGCCUUGCGCGCACUAUUAUUUAUCGCGCGAUUUUUUGGUUUUAUAAAAUAAUGCGCGCACAAGUGUCAUAAAGAUCGCUGCGAUUUCAUUUCACAAGUGUGUAC